ACACAAAAUAAUAAAAAAUAAAAGAGCCUCCAGAGAGAUCUCUGGCCCCUUCUACCCUGUGAGGACACAGUGAGAAGGCACCAGCUGUGAACCAGGAAGAGGGCCCUCCCCAGAAGGUCACCGUGCUGCUGCCUCAUCUUGAACUUCCAGCCUCCAGGACUGUGAGCAAUAAGUUUCAGUGGUUUCUGAGCUACCUGGUUGGUGGUAUUUUGCUAUAGCAGUCCAAAUGGACCAAGACACCCAUCCAGAAUGGGACGGUGCCACCAAACAGGCUCAGAAUGGUCAGGGUUCAGUGGGAUUAUUCCCUCCUACACUUCAUUUCUGUCUGUGAAGCCUCUAAGACUUAGGUUAAGCCACCACGGUCAGCUAAAGGUGUCAGUAAACUUCAACUUAAUUUUAAAAGUGUAAGUAAAUACCCACUAAAUAAAAGACUAGUGGAAGAGGCAAGGGGCAGCAAGAUCCAGCACUUUGCUCUCAAGGCACUUGGAAUCUGAAAGAUGGUCCAGAUCAAGCUAUUUUUGGUUGUGUCCUUAUGGAACUACAGUGCCAGAGGGGUUCCCCUGUGCUCUGGUGAGACCAUUUCUCUGACACUGGAGGGAUGCGCUCCUGUCAACAGUCAGACAGACCCCAGUUCCGCCUUGGUCUGCUCGCCGGCUGUGUGGCUGUGGCCUGGUUGAGGAUUGGAGGAUCCCACCCUGGGAGUUCAGUGUCAGGGUCACGGGGCUGCACAGUGCAACCCUGUAGGGGCUGCAGUUUGAUAAGCAUAAGGGAGCUGGUCACAGGAGGGCAGAGCGUGCGUGGGAGAUAUGGCUGUGAGCUCACCACCCGGGGAGGCCCCGAGGAGAUGGGUGUGCGUGGUCCUCAGAGGGGAACAGUGGGGAGCGGGAGAGCCGGUUAUGUGUGAGGUGUCUGGAGUCACACUCGGCUGGUUCCAGGCUUUUUGAAAAGGUUGACUCUUCUGUACUGACAUUCCAGGGAAUGUCUGCUUCUUAAAUUUGAGAAAUAUGUGGAUUCCAAAGGACACAAAUUCUUGUAUUGAUUUAAAAAUUUUUCUUUUAUUAUUAUGAAAAUGUCUAAGAAACCUCCACUUAAAAGGUAUAAACAUUUGCCUGUAGUCUUAGCUGACUCUAAAACCAACAAUGAGUGGAUUGAAUUCUAACAGCAUUCAGUUUAGCAACAUCAAUUCAAUCUGGUAGACGGUGCUUGACUGAAAACCUUAAUUGGCCUUGUAUGGAGACCGCGUUUCUGUGCCCACGCGGGUCCUUUCCAGUCAACUGUGCCUGCGUGCCAUCGUUCCGUGGCCAGGUGGUCCAGGCUCAGUCUCAGGCUGAGGAAGCUUUGCUCACCACGUGCUGCAGUGAUGCGAAGCCAUUUGGCCGUCUCUGGCUGGGAAGGACAGUCCUUUUCCCAGCAGCUGGGGUAGUUAAUAUCUUUGGAUUCAGAACUCUAGGAGGUGUAAGGUUAAGGUGCUUAUCCACAUCCUCCUGAGUGUGCGUAUAUCAAUUUGUUUAGGUUGUCUUGGAAGUAAAAAUAAGCAUUUUUGUAUUUCUCUAGAGAAAUUCCUGAGAAGUUUAAUGAGGUCUUCUGGUCUAGCUGAUUACCCCUCGAGUUGGCAUUCUUAUGACUAGUCCUUUCUUUCACAGGUCUGUUAGGAGUAAAUAAGCAUCGUCCUUGUGUUCCCUUUUAAACAUUCGAGGAAGCGAAGGCCUGGUGGGACGGGUAUGCAGUGGCCAGCACAGUCAUGUGUCGCUUAAUGACGGGAAAACGUUCUGAGAAACGCGUCGUUCGGCGAUUUCACUGUUGUGCGAACAUCACAGAGUGCACUCACACAGACCUGGAUGGGACAGCCUGUUGCACACCUAGGCUACAGGGUACUAAUUUUAUGAGACCACCGUCGUAUAUGUGGUCCCACGUUGACUGAAAUAUUACAUGGUGCGUGGUUGUGCGUAAGGUGGCACACUCGGGAUCUUUCAGACCAGAGUUUGUCUUCCUGCUCUGCCUUCACUUACUGUGUGACUUCUGGGCGGUUUCUUACCUCCUCUGGGCCUCCCUUUCCUGUGUCUCUGAAAAGGAGAUAAAGUAAUACCCACCUCACAGCGGACUAAAUGAGCUGACAGGUGUAAAACACGUUGCACUGAGCCCACGUGUUUAAAAGAUGAAUUGUUAUGUUCUGCUCUUAAGGAUUCCAGUCCCAGUGUGUGGCUUUUUCCCCACACCAGUUCUCCAGCACCAGCUGGGUGUCCUACAAUUCACCCCACUUCUGACACCUCUACCUGGAGGUAGUGUCAGAUCCCACAGAUGAAGGCAGUCCCACAGGACUGCCCCACCCCUCCUCAGGCACCAGUCGCCAAUCCUCAAUCUGGUUUAUCACCUGUGCUUCUGACCGACUGGCUCUAGAUGGAAGGUUCUAGCCACCCCCUCCUUGGGUUCUGUUAACUUGCUAGAGCGGCUCACAGAACUCAGAAACUGUUCCCUCACUGAUUACUGGUUCAUUAUAAAAGGCUCUAACUCCAGAACAGCCAGAUGGAAGAGAGGCAGAGGGCAAGGUCUGGGGAAGGGGCCCGGAGCCUCCCUGCCCUCUCCGAGCGCACCUCUCUCCCCAAACCUUUACCAACCUGGACGCUCUGCACCCCGUCCUUGUGGGUCUUCAUGGAGACUUCGUUACAUGGGCAUGAUUGAUUAACUCACUGGCCAUUGGUGAGUGAGUCAACCUCCAGGCCCCUCUCCACCCCGAAAGUCAGGGGGUGGGACUGAAAGUUUCCACCCUCUAAUCUUGUGGUUGGUUCUCCUGGCAACCAGCCCCAUCCUUAGGUGCCUUCGAAAAGUUGCCUCAUUAACAUAACAAAAGAUCUUAGCCACCUCUCACUCCUUGGGACUUUUCAAGGGUUUUAGGAGCUCUGUGCCAGCAAUGGAGUCAAAGACGAAAUAAGUAUUUCUUAUAAAUCACAAUAUCACAUUCGUUGAUCCCGUGUAACUGUUCUCUAAAGGGGGCGUCCGGGAAGGUGGCACAAGAGGACUGAGCCCUGUGGGAGGGACCUGGAACAUUGUCCGUGGGGUUGUGCCAGACCUGUGACCCCAAGCGUGCCUGUCUCAGGCUAACCUGUGCAGCCUGUGAGCGUUGUGGGUGCCAGAGGGUUUGACUCAGCUUCUGCUGCUGGAGGCCUGGCCUCGCCCUCACACACCCCAUGGGUGUCCGGCCAGGUUUGGACCCCUUGCCUCUGGGGCUGGGCCAAACUAAGAUCUUGGUAAACAGACUGUCUGGGCUGAGGUGAGAAAUUUGCUCCAGCUUAUUCUCCUUAGCGUUCAGCAGUUUUGCAGGUUGCUUUCGAGUGUUUUGAAAACUGGCCAGAAUUACCAAGGUCAUUAGAUACUUUAACGUGCCCUGGCCACCUGGCCCAAACCCUUUCCCAGGCCAGUGGGAGAAGCAGUCUUCUCUGAGAUAAAAUGGGAGGAGUUGAGGCGGAGACCAGGUCUGGAGCAGAAACGUCAUGUGGCCUGGAGGUCCGGUCCCCACGUGUGCCGAGGGUCAGCUCCCCAUGUGGGAGACCCUGUGCAGGUAUGAGGAGGAUUUAAGGCACAAGGGGCCUUGCUCUGCCCCUGCACUGUCCUCUCUGGAGGUGUCGCCCUGGUUUUUGCUGUCACCCCCCAUGCUUUCCCCAAGCCUCUUCCUUAAGUACUCCCACCCAGUGUGGACCCAAACCUUUUUCUUUGGUUUCUCUCAGCCUGCCUGUGACUGAACUUUCCUAAAUAUAAAGGGAAAACAAAGAAGUAUGACGUAAUCAGAGAAAAUGCAGCAGCUCUCAGAGAGCCACAUUUCUGCAGGCGCAGCCUCUGCCCCAGCCAGGCUGGCUCGCUGCAGGCCACUGACUACGGCCCUGUCCAAGGGCCCAUUCCCAUGGUGCUAGAGAUGUCUUCUUAAGUGCCGGGCACCUUGCAUCCCCUUCCAGAUGAGGCUCCCCUUGUCCUGGGUCACAGUGGGCAGUCAGUAGGGCUGUUGAAACUCUCCUUGCCCUUCACCAGGUAGGUACCUGUAGCUUAGAAGAGCGCUCCUGUUUGUUCACUCGGCAAACAGUCACUUGAUUCUAAGCUUCCUGGGUAGGGAUUAGGUCAGUAUUUAUGGUACAAAACAUUUAUUCCUGCCCAAAGCACACAAAGCUCUCAGGACAGUGUCUGAGUCAUGCCCAGUACUCAGGGUCAGCUGUCGUUUUUAUUUGUGUGUCUGUGUGUGCUGGGGGUGGGGGACAGUGUGGGCAUGUGCGAGGGAUAUCCACAGUGUGGCCUUUGGGGACACAGCUGGGUUCAAAUUCCAGCCCUGUGUGAGCUCAGCCAAGUCACUUCCAGGCCUCAGGCUUACCACCGGAAAAUGGCGCUCCUGCUGCCUCCUCAGCGUGGCGAGGGGAUGGCAGGAGCUGGCUGACAUGCAGAGCCCAGGAGGGACCAUCUGCCCACCAGGGACUACGGGACAAACCGAGCACCGUGCCGUGCAGGGAAAGGAUCGAAUCAUAUUUGUGACCAAAGAAGACCACGAAACUCCAAGCAAUGCUGAGCUGGUGGCUGAUGACCCCAACGAUCCGUACGAGGAGCAUGGAUUGAUCCUGCCAAAUGGGGACAUUAACUGGAACUGCCCGUGCCUUGGGGGAAUGGCCAGCGGCCCCUGUGGGGAACAGUUCAAGUCGGCCUUCUCCUGCUUCCACUACAGCACGGAAGAGGUCAAGGGGUCAGACUGUGUAGCCCAGUUCCGGGCCAUGCAGGAGUGCAUGCAGAAAUACCCGGACCUCUAUCCCCAGGAAGACGAGGAGGAGGAGGAAGAGAAGAAGCCCGCGGAACCCUUAGAGGAAAGAGCUCCCACUGAGGCCGCUGCAACCACAGAGGAGGAGGGGUCGAGCUAGUGAGGCCGCGAGGCCCGGCUCCCGUCCUUCACCUUCAGAGUGAUAGGAACCUUUUGCACAAUGCCUUUUGGUCACUCUCCAAGAAAGUGUCUUUCCCUCUGUUGUUCUGUGCACUGUAAUGUAGAAAAUAACUUAUUUUGAUCCUCAGGGGUCUUGGCCCCUUGACAUAUACACUGAGAAAGAUGGAGUCGGAUGUCUGUGUGUGUCACAUAAGCCUGUCAGCAAAUGUAGCUGCCACUUUUGAAUUUUCUUCUCAGAUUGCCCUGAAUUUUGCCACUUUGAAAUAAUGUGCUGAAUAUUCUCAGCAUUGUGAGUGAGCUGAUUUAUUCUGAUUCAUUAUAGCCCUUUUAGUAGAUUUUAUACUGCUUUGGGAAAUGAAAUAGAAAAAAAAGAAACACCAAAAACUUCCUUUAAAAAAUGCUGGAGUGGGUCCAUUCCUCAUAGAAGAGGCCAGAAGAUCAGAUACUUGUUUCUCAAAAACCGUCUUGCCCUUGAGUAUACGAGCAGGAACUGUACUCCGUGUUUCGCAGAUUUGGUUUCGUUUUACGUUGAGCUCCAGGUUUUCUGUGGAAAGCGGAGCUCUGGACCCUCAGGUUCACAGUCCUUCCUAAGUGAGAGAAAGGCUGGUUUCUGCCAUUCUUAUUGUUCCUAAAGCCUGGAUCGGGGCCUGCGUUCACACGGGCUCUGUCUCAGCCUGUUCAGAUGCCAUGUUCUUGAGAGAAGGGGACCUGAUUCUUACCAAAGUAGCAGCCGAGAGAGGACAUGCUGUGAACUAAGUAGUCAGUUAAAAGGAAAACAUGAUUUUUACCUAAUUCUGAGUAUGUCCUUUGUUUUUGCUAAUUAAAAGUGUUUUUGAUGUAAGGAAAUAAAAUUAUGAAAAUUUAAUUGCAA